AUGCCGGCUAUACCACCUAUAGCGCUCUGUCUUACCCUAAUUGCUAUAUUUCUUCGUCUGCUGGCUUCACCGUUCCAUUCAAAUAAUGUCUUUGUUGAACCGUCACUUCACGAUGUCCUUUUACCCAAAGACUCCCAUAUUUCGUCUGCAGGAAUUCUACUCUUAACAGCACACCCGGACGACGAGUGCUUCUUCUUUGGACCUACUCUCACCGCUCUGUUGUCCCAAGAAAAUCAGCCCGGAAUAAACGACGAUCCAUUUUCUGUAGCACCACGAGUAUACUCGCUUUGCCUAUCUGUAGGAGAUGCUGAUGGCCUUGGGGAGCUGAGGAGAAACGAGUUCGAGAAGAGUUGGGAUGUAAUGGGUGUUCCAAGAGACAGGAGAUGGCUUUUAGAUCAUGACGAGCUCAAGGAUAACAUCACGGCCAAAUGGAGCCCAACUUUAAUUGCAGACGUCGUACGGCCAUAUAUCGUGGAGAAUAAAAUAUCCACCAUCCUCACCUUCGAUCGGAAGGGUAUCUCAUCUCAUCCGAACCAUUACUCCCUUUUCUACGGCGUCUCCCAUCUCCUUUCGUCCUUCCCCGUCAAUCCAGAAACACCAAGUAGUCUGACAUACCCUCGCCCACGGGCGUACUCCUUGAUAACUCUACCCACCGUCACGAAGUACACCUCCGUCAGCGCUCCACUUUUGGCGAAGCUGGACCUGUACUUCUACCGUUUCUUGGAGCGAUUUAACCUUCAACCCAAGCCAAGUGGUCCUAGAGGCGCCACGGCCACCGCAACUAAGAUGCCCGUCUUUGUCGCGGGUGGGUCGGACUAUACGAGGACGGCGAAAGCGAUACUGCAGCAUGAGAGUCAAUUGGUCUGGUUUAGAUGGUUGUACAUGGCAUUUUCGAGGUAUAUGUGGGUUAAUGAGUGGGUCGAGAUACCGGCAGGGAUCAAAAUGAAGUAGCCGCCCCACCCAGUCAAAUGGGAUUGUGGUCAUAGAAGUUUGUGUACCCGAUGUACAAAAG